GCCUGGAUUGGGGAGGGGCGGCCAACUCGGUUGGGGCUGAUCUGUUUCGUUGCCCGGGGAAAGAAAAUUGCAGGGGAAUCUCUUUUUUUGUGGAAGUCCGCUGGCGGUCGAGAUUUUCAGGGAAUGCCGGAGAGAGAGGCAAAACAAAAUCUACAAGCAACCGGUUGAUCCAGCAGGGAAGAGAGAGAGAGAGAGAGGAACAGUGACAAGAAGAAAAAAAAAGGCGGUGCAAAGUGAGUUGAUGCAUUUUAAGUGUCACGGCAGAAACGUUAGGAAUAUUUGAAGGGAAGAGUUGAUUUUUCUCUCUCUCUCUCUCUGUCUGUCUUUCACCAUCACUGUGACCCAACAUGUCCAGUCCGGGGCUGUGCGUAGACAGGGAACACUAACACCAGGAAAUCUAGAGAGAGAGAGAGUGUGUGUGUGUCUUUAUGCAGAGAGGCAGCACAUUUGCAAAGUUUUCCAGGCGAGUAGAGAGGAUUGGUGCACCGUACGAGAUGCAAGGGGCCAGCCAGAGGCGUCUUCUGCUGUUGCUCAGCUGGUCAGUUUCCUCGUUAAUUUCCUUGCGGUUCCAGCCGGGGUCAGCGCAGCGGUCAGCGGCCACAGAGGACAACUGGAGGCAGAUGAUUCGCUGGGAGAACAACGGCCGAGUCUACAGCCUGUUGCACAGCGGCUCUGAGUACCUCCCUGCCGGUCAGCACCCAGCCCGGAGCAGCCCCAGGGUAUGGCUGGGAGGUGCCAGCGGCCGGGAUCCCACCAGGAGGCAGCUCCAACGCCCCGCAGCCAAUCACGGGCGCCGCCAGGCUCCAGCACAGACGGGCAGAGUGGCCUCGGAGACGGUGAGGGGUCAGACCAGGCACCCUUUCGGUUUCGGGCAGGUGCCCGACAACUGGAGGCAAGGCACUUUCGGGGACCCCAGCAACACCCACCGGUAUGUGCCCCCCUCCACCAGGCAGGAAACCAGGUCCAGGCAACACCAGCCGGUGAGCUCCUUUGUGGAUAGCCCUUAUGCACAGCCUCCUUACCAACGUUACCCAUUGGCCCACCAACCAUCCUAUCCCAGCUCCUACGACUCUGGCUAUGAGCAUGGGUCACCAAGAGUCUUUGAUGCCAUGGAUGAAAGUGUCCCCUAUCGGAGAGUGCCCAGCGGCUUACCCCCCGAAGGUAGGGGGUACGCCUUAAUGCCCAGGACAAGAUAUGAUGAGUACAGAGAAAAUGUCUACCCUUACAGGUCCCAGGGUCAAUUCCCCAGCCAGGAGAGGUACCACCUUCCCCAGCAACCCCCUGCCUUCGACGGGCUCGAUCGGAGAUACAUGCACAGCCUGUACGACGAGAGCAGGGGACAGAGUCUCCCGGCAGCAGAGUCUCCGUCCUCCCUUUCACCAUCCGAGGGAAACCCCAGUCUUCAAUUGCCAGGCCCGUCCUCAGAGGUUGGCCACUUGGGCCCGAGAGUCAUCACCGACGGAGCCGGCGCUGGAAGUUACCCGUUCAGCCACAAUGUGCCGGUGGACCCAUACGCCUCAUCCCGUUACAGUGAGCCGAAUGCCCCCUCCACCGGUUUGGACCAGUACACACUGCGGCGAGUGGAUCCCAAUGGAGGGGCAGAGCAGCUGAGACGCCAUGUUCCUCUACCACGUAUGGCCCUAGGGAGUGUGUAUAGACCAGACCAAAGCAGCAGAGGUUUGCCUGACUUGGUACCAGACCCUUACUACGUCCAAGCAUCCACAUACGUGCAGAGGUCUCACUUGUAUUCCCUACGGUGUGCAGCAGAAGAGAAGUGUUUGGCAAGCUCCGCGUACGCUUCUGACGUCACGGAUUACGACAUCCGAGUUUUGCUGCGGUUUCCCCAGCGGGUAAAGAAUCAGGGGCUUGCUGACUUCCUUCCGAACAGACCUCGCCACUCCUGGGAGUGGCACAGCUGCCACCAGCACUAUCACAGUAUGGAUGAGUUUAGUCACUAUGACCUACUGGAUGCAGUUACUGGAAGAAAGGUGGCUGAGGGACACAAAGCCAGUUUCUGCUUGGAGGAUACCACAUGUGAUUUUGGCCAUCUGAAACGUUAUGCCUGUACAGCACACACUCAGGGUCUAAGUCCUGGUUGCUAUGAUACCUACAAUGCGGAUAUAGAUUGCCAAUGGAUUGAUAUCACAGAUGUCCAGCCUGGGAAAUUCAUACUAAAGCUUCAAGUGAACCCCAAUUAUCUUAUACAAGAAUCGGAUUUCACCAACAAUGUUAUCAGAUGCAACAUUCACUACACGGGGCGAUAUGUGGCCACUACAAAUUGUAAAAUAACACAGUCAUGAUCUACAAGGUUUCGAUUUCAAAACACUACACUGUAUACCCUGAGCAAACAUCUGGUGCGUGUGGAACUUGAUCGUACAGCAGCUGUGAUGUUUGGUAGCCAUCAUCGAGAAUUAACAGGACUUCAGUCAUAACCAAAGAAUCUGCCUGUGGAGCUGCAGGAUAUUGAGCCAACAACUGCAAAUAAACCUUGACACGGACUAGGCACCAGAUUAUUUCCAGUGAGGUUGUGCAGGGCGUCUGAGAAAUGUUCUAUUAUAAUUAGCAACUCUGGUAUGAAGUGGGCUUGCCUUAUUAGCAAAAGAAUCACUUCAGUUACACUUUCAGGAGUCAACUACAAAACCGCUCCAUUAUUCAGUGAGAUCAUGAUAGAACUUCUACAUUAACUCCACUUUCUCACCCUAUCUCUUCAUUUCCUUAGUUUCUAAAAAUCUGUCAAGGUCAAUUUUGGCUAUGCUCAAUGACUGAACAUCCUCAGUCCUUCAGGGUAGAAUAUCCCAAAGAAUCAUAACCAUCUGAGUGAAGACGUUUCUCCUCAUCUCAGCCCUCAAUGGCUGCCCUGUAUCCCUUUUUUUAUUCAUUCACAGGUUUUGGCCUCGCUGGCAAGGCCAGCAUUU